AUGGAGUUGGGACAGCACAGCCCCUUUCCAUGGUUUCGGCGGAGCCAUGCCGAAGUGAUUGCCCGGCCAGCGCGCCGGCAAGGACGGCCGGCCAAGCGAGUCUUCAGGUGCGCGGGCCUCUGCGUUCUAUGCACGCUCUUCGUGGUUGCCAGCCCGUCCUGGGCGUGGUUAGGUCGUCACAAGGCCGAAGAGAGUCCACUGCCGGUGCUGGACGUUGACCUCGUGGAGCUAGAGGUGCCCGCGAGCGCAGCACCAGCAUUCCAGUUGUCGAAGCUGUACAUUCCCAUCAUUCCAGAAGUGGCCACCUUUCUGAACCAAAGCGGCCUGGAAUGGAGCUCCCAUCCGGAUUCACCGCUCACCGGUCGACCGCGAUUCCACGUGCAGGUGACCGGACAGCCCUUCCGGAUAAAGAACAGGACAGUGCAAGGAAUUCACACAGUCAUCGAGCUUCCCGACCAAGCCUCGACGAAUUCCUGCAAGGUUGCAGUCAUCAACGCCGAGGCUGCGCUUGGAUCUAAGCAGCUCGGGCACACGAAGGCUAUUCUUCUGAUUUGCCAGGCCGCACUCAUGGGGCUUCCGGUCCUGGACUUCCUUUCAGAACUCCUACGAGCUCGCGGCUCCACAGCAAUACUGUCUAACUCGGUCGGCAUAGGCGAGGAGAAUGACCGCAGAUGUCUUCACAACCACAUGCUGCACCAGAUGGAAGCGAAAAAGAGCAACAGGUUCGUCUGCGAUUUCUGCCGGCGGAAGAUCGUUCAGAGCGAGUUAUUCUGGUCCUGCGAGCGAUGCGUUUGGGAUGUGUGCCAGGCCUGCUAUGCCAAAGGCGCUAGAUUCAAAGCAGGCAGCGAGAUUGAGUUGAUCCAUCCGUUUCAUCACUACCGAAGGCACACCUCCGGGAUCAUUCAGGAGGUCAUCGACGACAGCGAGGGGAGGCACCAGCAACUGCUCGUCACCCUGCGCCACGAAGAUAACCCUUCAGAAGAACGACUGCAACGGGAGGACUUCUCAAAGAUCCGGGUUAUCGAGAAAAGCCAGCUGAAUAUCAGGCUCCUUGUGGGAGUUUGCCUCAUCCUUGCAUUUUUCGUGUAUGGGAUCCUCGAUCAUCAUCGGCUCAGCCGGCUGAUUUCACGUUUGGUCCAUUGGUGCCGGACGAUAGGCAUGUGGUCAGCACUGAUUCUCUUCCUUGUUUCUUCGGUGCUCCCGGUGAUUAUGCUGCCGGUUUUCCCCGUCAUGGCACUUUCUGGACCAUUGUUUACGAAACUGAAUGAUGGAGAGGCCGUCACAGGUGGUGCGAUUGCUUUCGGCGUAGUCUUCAGUGGCCUUUGGGUCGGCAGUGUCUUGGCCUUUGCUUUGGGCAAGACGCUGCUGAACGAUUAUGCCCGAAAAGCGAGCAAGCACAGCCGCGUGCUGCGGCGGCUAAACCGCAUCAUCGACAGUGCGGGAGUGAAGAUUGUCUUCAUGGCACGGAGCUUGCCAAUUCUGCCAGCUGAAGUCUUUGACUACGCUUGCGCAAUGACGUCUUUGGCAGUGCAUGAGUAUGCCAUCGGAUGUCUAGGCUCUGCUGUCCCCGUGGCGUUCUGGACAUUCAGCACUGCACAGGCCUCAGAUCUCACGAGCCCGAAGCGGUCGCAAGCCACCCACUUGGCGCUGAUCAUUAUCAAUGUUGGAUGCCUUGCACUGCUUACUGUCCUCCUCGUUGGCGUGAUCCAGAAACACGAGCAGGAGCAUGCAGAAGAAGAUGAGACAAUACAAAUAGCCUGGAAUACUGGAUGGAAGGAUCCGAAGACAGAGAUUUUACAGGUUCUCAGAUUCCACCAGCUAGAUCCACACAAAGAAGGUAGAGAUUUCACUAUCCGGGACUGCAACAACAAGCUGUUGCAGCUGGGAGGUGUCCUUUCGAUUGGCUCCUUCCUCAUCCGGAAGUGGGACGACACAAGCGAAGUCUCUGAGGAACUCUUCCCGCUUAAAGUGCACAUCCACAAGGAGGCACCGCUUGUUAACGAGCUCUUGGAGCCGGCAUCUACGAUGAUCAAGUAUGCCAGAGACAGGCUGGGCUCACAAUCCGAGCCUUUGGGCCCAACUGGUUCCACUUCUCUGCGGUAUCAGCCGAUCGACACCUUACCAGAGGUCCAUCCCAGCGCUUCCGAGAGCUUGCAGAACUCGCGGAGUAUUUUGCUUCCGCAGGGCCACCCCAUGAGGUGGCUGCUGCUGCCGUGGUUGCUCCUUCUUUUGCCCUUCAUCGUGGGAUCUUCCCUCGGACCGUUUGCACUCCUUGGUGGGGCGGCUCUUACGUUGGCGUCCAUAGCUUGCUUGUCAUUUCUUAUAGCGGUUCUUAUUGUUAUCGUCCAGAGGCGGUGUAUCCACUGCACUCGGCGGUGGCGUCGCCUCUGGAGACUGCGCAUGCUGCAGCGGCGGCCAAAGCAGAUUGCGACGGCUUUCGGUGACUCCGGGCCUUGUUGCAUUUGCUUGGGUGAGUCCGACUCGAGGGACUCACUGAUCGCAUUGCUGCCCUGCAGGCAUGCGCUGCAUGCCGAAUGCUACGCGAGCUGGGUGAGUGCGGAUGCGUGCUUGCCCCGGCCUGGAGGGGAUCAGCUUGCAAAGGCUGGUCAGGAGCACUCACCUCCACUGCAGGUUGGCCAGGGUGACCGUUGCCUGAGGUUGUACGUCAUGCGAUGGGUCACAGCUGGGAGCAACCAGAAUCAACUCGAGGCCACUGCCAGCCUUGAAUCCUUUCAGUGUGUUUACGUGAGGGCCUUUCUUUUCUACUUAGUCGCUGGAUUCUCCUGGUGGCGACACCGACCGCACUCAAGCCUGUUGGGUGUCCGCAUCGGCGAAGCUGCUAAUCCAGGACCGGGUGCUGCUUCGGCGACAGCAAACAAGAGGCGGGAGCAGAUGACUCAGGAUGCUUUGCAGACGAUCAUCCAGCUUCUUUUGUCAAUGGUUGCGGCUCUUGCUGGGGAUAACCCGGUUGAGCCGCCUCCCAGACGGGUGUCCUUUGAUGCAGGGGGUGGCAAUACCAUCCAGAUCGACAGUGAUGGGUUUCAGAUUGUUCGCCGCCGGGGGCGCCAGAAGCCAGAUCCCGAGCCGGGUCCUACCAAAGGCGGCGGAAAGGUCAACAGCUAUACGGCUGUGGUGAGCGGGGCAGGCGCUUCUCCUGGCAAAGGGAAAGGCAAAGGAGCUCCACAGACACCCAAAGGACAGGGAAAGUCUGCGAAGACUUCCACGGUUGCGCCCGCUCGCCCUCAGCUUCGUGACCGUGACUGGAAUGGCGCAAUCUUUUCCUACGACAAGGCAGCUUCACAGCUGAACAGUUUGAACGGCUCCGUGUUAGUUCAAGUACGGGAUGCGGAACAGGCCGAUGCAUUGAUAAUGAUGCUUACAGGUGCGGGUGCCAAGUGCUCAGCCAGAUUGGUCUGGGCAGACUCCGAGGGCAAGCUCAAGCUCCCCAUUGUUGGGGAGGGCAAGGACGGUAACGAUGUUCGCAUUCAUCAUUUUUCCUAUAUCGAUUUCCUUACGCCCGGCACGCCAUUGCCCACGUUGAAGCAUGCUUACAAAGUUGCGGUUCAUAUCAUCCCAGCGCCGAUGCGGCUUGCUAAGGCUGCAUACAACACCAGCGCUCGUGAUCGCAUCGCUCUUUGGUUUACUGAGAACCCAGGGCAUUUCGAUUGGUUGUGCCCCGUUGAAGGCAAUACCUUGCCUGACGCGCUGUGCAUGGGCCACGCUGAGGGCCACGUCACCGACUUUCCUCGUGGCGGCGGUUCCCAGGGUGCUGGUGGCGACGACUUCUCCGAGAAGACGGUCUUCACCGAGGUGGUCGUGGCAAAGCAGGAGGCGGCGGAGUCCACUGUCUUUACGCACGUUCCGACGAGGAGGGCGCAGUGUUCGGGCAAGGCGCGAGCUUCUGGCAGUGGCGAAGUGAGCAGGGAAGCUUCGGAAGCUACGUGCUUCACCGCGAGGCCGAAAGACAUCCGCAGCUACCUGUUUGCAGCGAGGAAGGCGGGCACUGAGGCUUUGACAGGGCAGCGGACGACGGCUACCUCUUCCCUGGGCUCCACCACCGAGGAGCAAGCUGCCGUAGAGGAGGUGCCUGAGCCUCCGGAUCCUGUGGCGCCGCAAGGGCGCAAGCGGUGUGUGAAGUCUGCGUGCUCCGGCUGGAAGUGCCCGGAGUGUGGUUGGAAGGCUACGGGCAGGCUUUGGGUGCAGCGAAAGCAAGCCCACGUGGACAACUACCACCCUGACCUCAAGGCGGAACUCAACCUGAAGACUGCGGCGCUGUAUGUGGUCCCUUACAACCAAGCAACCUGCUGUUGGAAGUGUCCAGUUGAUGGAUGCGAUAUGGGCUUGCCGGCUACAGAAGCUUCCAAGGACGCGAGGAGGCUGGCCCGACUGCGACACAGAGAGGAGACUCACCCGGAGGCCCCUAAAGCCCUUUUCCGCCUGGCACGAGACAGGGUCGCAAACGCUCGGAAGGCUACGACUGCCAAGCUCAGUGCAGGGGUUGCUCGGCGUCUUCACCAAGUUCGCGCUGGCAAGGCUGGAGAGCACGACGUCGUGUUCGUGAAGCUGCCGCCGACGAGGGGGACCAAGAAGGGCAAGACGAGGAGGGCUGUGACGCAAGUCGUGUGCACGCGGUGCAAACGCCUGGCUGCUACGGUGGUGGCGCUUGGUGGUUUUUCGUGCAAGGCGCACACUGCUGGUGCGAAGCGCCCCGCUCUUCUCAAGCGGCUGCGAACGACACUGGAGGAGGGCUCAUUCGACGAAAGCGUGCAGUCCGACGCCCGCUACCUUUUGAAGUUGCUGGAAGAGACGGACGAGGGCCCUGUUGCAAAGCACGCGCUGUGCGCUGUGGCAUGGCCGUUGGUGGGAGGUCGCUUCGAGGUCCGCUUUGUCUGCAAGACGUGUGGCGGCUCCUGGACGCGGCAGCGCGACGUGGAGGGCAAGGACUGCAAGCCGAGCAAGCGGCGAGCCAUCCGGGCCAAGGUUGCGGAGCUCAAGGGCAUCCAGAAGGACGGGGGCAUUGCGGGCGAUGCGGCAACGACGGUCUUGAAGUUGAUCGGCGAGAACGGAGGGGGCACGGCGGAGGACCAAGCUGCUGUCAACGAGCUGGCGAGGGUGAUGGAUAUGGCGGCUAACGCGGCAGUCAAUGUCCUUUGCCUUCAAGAGACCAAGCUCACGACGGAGGGUCUCCACGCAAUGAGGCAAGCUUUUCACGCGAAGGGCUGGCGUCUUCUACCUGGCCCUCUCGCCUACGACUCCGAGGGCAAGGCCUGUGGUGGUGUGGCUAUCGUUUCCGACUGGCCGGUGGAGAUGGCGACGGUCCCUGUGGCGGAGAGCUUCAACACUCGCAUUAUGGCGGUAAAGGCCCACCGCCCCAACCAGCGGCCACUCCUCGUCAUCUGCGGCUACCUGCCUGCCAAUGACGACGAGCUCAACCAGCACAUCGCCUCAACGGUGCUACAAUGGGCAAGCACUACCGGCGAAGACUUUGUGUUCAUGGCGGACUGGAACCGAACUCCUAACCAGCAGCCUUUCUGCAACCUUUUGGCGGGCGGCCUUGUCUAUACCAUGGACAACGACCCGUUCUUCGAGAUCCAGGGCACUCACAGACGCGCGGACGGCACGUACACGGGCAGGCUUUUGGACUUCGGGCUCUCCUCUGCGAGCUUGGCGGUGGACGGCCGAGCUCAACUCCUCGGCCCUGCAGACCACGACCUCGUGACCUACGACGUUGGACUACAGAGUGGCAGACGUGGCUGGCGUUGGCAACCGCAACGAGCUUUGGACGCGAACGCGACGGUGGACUGGGACAGCUAUUGGGCCCCUCACGACGAGCGCUUCUGGGCUUUCCUUGGCAACGCAGACACGGACUCAGCUUGGCGACUUCUCUCCUACGUGGCGGAGCAGGCGCUGGCGGCGGAGGGCAGCAGGCCGGCACGGCCACGGGGCGAGCCUGGCAGGCCGGUGAAGGCGGAGGCGCACCGCGGCAGGGUGCCCGACGUCCAGACGCUUUGUGAACGGAAGCUGCGGCGCCUCUACCGCAACCUGGUGAACUACGUUCGCCACGUGGUGGACGUCUACCCUGACUUUGCAGAGGCGUUGAACCUACACGGCGAGGCCAUGCUCCUCUACUUGCAGCAGGCGGCGGAGGCGGAAGCGCGGCGUGCCAACGAGGCGCGUCUGGACAAGUGGCAUGAGGCUGUCAAGACGGACGUUCCCCGGCUUUCCCGCUGGAUUAAGGCGUCUCAAGUGCAGGCUCCAAGCAGCUUCGAAGACUUUGGCGUGGACCCGGACCCGCAGGCGAGGGCGGAGCACGCCACUGUGGAGUGGAAGAAGCGCUGGCACCGCGACGCUCGACCUGACGGGCAAGCACUGCAGCAGCUGCUCAACGACCUGGACUUUCCGGAGGCUCGGCCGGCGCAGGCUCCUACUGUGAACGGUUCCGCGCUCUUGCGGCUGGCAAAGGCGGCGGCGCGCAAAGCAGCUGGCCUUGACGGCUGGACUGGGAGCCUCUGGAAGGCUUUACCGAAGGCUUUCUUCGACCUCCUCGCGGCGGUGUGGAACGCAGUGCUUGAUGGGGCCCCGCUGCCGGCCGGGUGGGUGCAGGUACGCGUAUGCCUCAUUCCGAAGGAUGAUGGUGGCCUGCGCCCUCUUGCCAUCGCUGCGCUAGCUUGGAGGCUGGGCGCGACUUGCCUGGUUCGGCAGCUCACCGGUUGGGUGCACGAAGUUUUUCCUGCAGAGCUGUUUGGUGGCAUGCCGCACAGAGGAAUUAAUGACGUUCAUGCUGCUCUUUCCAACGCUCUCUUCCUGCAACGUGGUGGCGGGCCUCUUGCGGGCUGUAAGGCAGACGUCAAGAAGUGCUUUGACUCUGCGGACCCCAAGCUGGCAGUGCAGUGCAUGCGACGUUUAGGGGCUCCUGAGAACGUGCUCACUGUCAUCGAGCGCUUCUACCAGCUUCACGAGCGCUGGCUCAUGGUGGAGGGGGCCUGUGCCAGGGCCAUCUGGGUGCGAAAGCGCCGUGGUGCGGCCAGAGCUGUGCGGGCGGCAAUGGUGGCGGGAAGGGAAGCAGACCAGGCUUUAGGCUUCGAACUGCAUCCGGCUAAGUUGGAGAGCUUUGGCACUUCACAGCCUGUGAGAGAAGAUUUGUUGGCUGCAGCUGACGAGGUGGGCAUUCCGCAGCAGACGUUUCGGCUUUUGGGUCUUCCUUACAACACCACGGCGGCCUCUCCGAUCGCUGCUGGCACCGUUGGCAAGGUUCUCAAGGCGAGGUGCAAGCGCAUCCAACUGUGCGGGCAAUCCAGGAGUCUUCGUUGCGCGCUUCUUCGGCUUCUGGUAGUUCCUCUUUUCCGUUGGGCCGCGCCUUGGCUUCGACAGUACAAGAAGGACCUACAGGCCUGGACUGGUGCCAUCGAGCGAGCGGCCUGGGGUAGCAGCAUACCCAGAGGCCGUUCGCCUACUCUGGCUUGGGCAGCUGUGCUGGGGCUUGAGCUCUUCCCGGCUUUCGUCAACGCGGAGGCUGCAGUUCUACGUGAACACCGCAGACUACAGCUUGGGCGGCAUCCGCGCGAGGCUCCUCAGACCAAAGCGGGCGACGUCGGUGCUCCUGCCCUGCGACGGCUCAUGCGUCAGGACGGUGCGCGCAAGCUCUUCUUGCAAGAUAACAAGGGCAAGCAGGCUGGUGGCUUUGACGGCGACUUUGACUUGAAUUACCAAGUCAAAACGCGUGACGUGGCCCAAACCUACCCGCUGCGCGUCAUGGUUGGUGCAGCUUCUGACGCGAGGAGCUUGACGCCUAAAGACGGGAACGUGCAGGACUUGGUUUGCACUUGUGGCUUUGCAGGCCCUACCACGACGCACUUGACCUUUGAGUGUCCUCAAGCUACGUGGAGCUCUGCGCGGCUGACUUUGCUGGAGCGGCGGUUCUUGGCGGCGCUUCGCCCUCUACCUCCCCGGCGCCCGCUUGCGGAUUACAGCGUGCAGGUCGGUGAGGUGGCAGAGUACUUGAGCGAGCUUGACUGCGACCUCUUCCACUACGUGGCAACUGACGGUGGUUGCCUCCUUGCGAGAAAGGCGGAAGGUUUUCAGCAGGCUUCCUGGGCCGUCGCUUUUGCAGACAAAUCCUUUGGAGGCCUUGUUGAAGGAUCGGACCAGACGGCGGCGGAAGGUGAGCGCGUUGCAGUUUUCAUACUGGCUGAAGCGCUCCUUCUUCACGGACGGUGGCUGCGACUUCUCGUGGACAACCAAGCUGUCGCUGGCAGGUUGCUUGGCGGUGAGGCCGCGUGCGAAAAUGGUGACCCUUGGAGGCCGUGGAAGCGUGUGGCAAAGGCGGUGCGCUGGCUGCAAGUAGCAUGGGUUCCGGCUCACAACAAGCAGGCCUCGUGGACGCCUCCCUCAGGCUGGAUUGGUGCCGACGCUUGUCGAGCUCUUAAUGGGCGGGCAGACGCUGCUGCUGGCUCGGCUCUGCAGCCUUGCAGUCAAGCAGUGGCUCACGCGGCUCGUGCCGCUGACGAGAGGUUUGAGUGGGCGCGGGAUGCUGUGGCAGCUCAGCGAGCAGCUACGCAGGACUGGCAUGAUCGCAUGAUCAGGCAGCAGCGGCGUCAAUCGGCGUGA